AUGCUGUCCCAAAAGUUAUGGAAAUCCUAAAGAAUUGAAUUAUACUUUCUCCCACCUUAAAUAAAUAAAACAAAAGAAUAUCCGAAUUCAAUAGAAUUUUUUGUACCCCAUUCAAAUAUUUGGAUUAUUAACUGUGUCUACACCAAUAAACUUCAAAUUCACAAUUAUUGCAGAAUCAUAAAUGGGAACUUGGAUUACCACCAAUUUUAUGUUAGCUUUCUUAAUAAUUUGAAUGAUUUAUUUUUUACUUAAAAUGACCAUAAUGUAUGUCUUUAUUAGUCAUAAGACAUAUUUAUUAUUUAUCUUUUCAUCUUAAUCUUUUGCUGUAUUUCUCCAUAAUGCUUACUCACAAGUAUACCAAAUAAUUUUAAGAUCCUAUUGCAACUAUUUGAUUAUUCCAAUCUAUCAACCCUAAAUCAUCUCAACUUCAACAAUUUAGAUGUUUUUGUUUUUACUCCUUAUACCGUGUAUCUAGAACUUAAACUGUAUCAGAUUGCUUUUCAUAUAUUGUAAUAUUAAAUUGAUAAGAAAACUCUGCCAUAAUUCAAACACACUGAUUCUUAUAAUAAUAUUAUUCUUUAAAGAAUGUCCUUAUUAUUAAAUGAAUUUUUACUAUUACAUUCGAUAUUUAUCAAUUUAUUUUUUCUGUCAUUUAAUUUCUCUAAUAAUGAUUAUACGAAGAAGGAUACAUAGUUAUCAAUUACCUCGAAUUCACAAAAUUAAUCGAUCAAACACUUCCGAACAACAUAAUUCAAUCAAAAUUAGUAAAAGUUCUUCCAUCUAACUCAACAAAAGAUCACUAUUGUUGUUAUCAUUCUUUUAGGACCCAAAAUAUGGAAAUCUCACUUCUCUAUUAAAUAUUCCCGUAUUUUUACUAUGAUUAAGUAGGAUGAUGCAGAGUCAACUGAUAUUAGGAUUAACAUUCAAUCAGAGAUUUUGGCCAUAAUUCUAAGUUAUUUAAUCAAACAUGAUUUAACUGUUUCCUUGCUCUACAGUUACAAGUUUAGAUUUAUCAAAACGAUUACUACACAUCACUAAAUGUGGAUGAAAUGCAUUCAGCAAAACGAAAUACCAUGCUAGAAAUUAUAAUAAGUUUAGUUCUCUUUAGAUUAAAUUACAUCCAAUAUAAUACAUAACCACAUCGACACUACCGUACUUAGAAUUCAGUUACUUGAGUAUCUUAGAUUGAAAUAGAAUCAACAAACCUUUACAAUAUACUCCAAAAUAAUUAUCAACAAAAUACUAUCUCUUUUACUAACUCCUAAUUUAAUUAGCUAUCAUUUAUCAACCAAUUCAGAAACUUAUACUCUUGUCUUAGAUAUGGAUGAAACCUUAAUUUAUUAUGAUGGUGACAAGGUUCAUUAGCGUCCAUUCUUAUUAACCUUUUUAAAAUAAAUGAGUAGACUAUACCAAUUGAUUUUGUUUACUGCAGGGUUAGAAUCAUAUGCUAAUAGAAUCUUAAGUCAAAUUACUAUUAAAAAAUACUUUACUCAUCUUCUUUUUAGAUAGCAUACCAAUAUUUAUUAAGAUUUCUAUGGCAAAGAUCUCAGGAAAUUAGGAAGACUCUUAUCAAGGACAAUUAUUAUUGAUAAUACUCCUGAAUGUUUUAGUUUGCAACCAGAAAAUGGAAUACAAAUUUAGACAUGGAAAGGAGAACAAUCGGAUUCAAUACUCUUAAACUUAAUUCCUAUCUUGAAAGCCUUGAGAUUUAGCAACAAAGAUGUCAGAAUGAAAUUAAGAGAAUAUAAAAAUUGUCCUGGUUUGAUAUUCCCUAAAUGA